AUGGAUCCGUUCCUGCUCGCACAGCACGUCACCCGCUGCGCGCCUGCUCUCGCCCUCGCCCCCGCCAUGCUCGCUGCCCCGCACGACCCUUUUGCCGCCCAGCAGCUGCCCUCUCUCGCCGCGGUUCCGUACACACGAGCUUCCUUGCAGGCGCUCCCAGUUGCGUCGGUCUCUCAUCCCGUCGCUUACCACUCACUGCUGCCCUCUUUGCUGCCCGGUGCUGCUGCCACCACCAGACUAGCGGUGCCCCGGCCUGUGCGUGCGCGCAUGCACAAGGGCAAGAGCGAUGUGGGCAUGGACGAGGUGAGGCAGCUCGUGCUCGCCCUCGCUGAAGCCAUCGCCACCGCUGACAUGGUCAGUGCCCCCUCCCUGCUCUCUUCUCCCCCACUAUCCAUCCCUCCCUCCCUCCUUCCCUCCCUCCCUCCCUCCCUCCCUCACCUCCCUCCCUCCCUCCCUCCCUCCCUCCCUCCCUCCCUCCCUCCCUCCCUCCCUCCCUCCCUCCCUCCCUCCCUCCCUCUAUCCCUCCGCUCUCUCACCACCCCAUUUAAUCUAUGCUCCGCUCCUGCCCCUUCCUUUUCAAUACGUGUCUUCGUGUCUCGCACUGGUCUUCUUUCUAUCAUAUCCUCCUCGACCGGGUGGCAGGGCUGCGGGCGCGCGUGGCAGCAGCAGCGUGGUGCGGAGGGGCGGGCGGGGCAGCGAGUGGCGCACUGCUUCCUGGACGCGCUCACCACCCGCCUGCACGGCACCGGCGCCCUCCGCCUCUACAACGCCGCCUUCACCUCCCAGGGUGCGGUAGCGUGUGGGACGUGCAGAGGCUGUGCAUGUGGCGUGCUAGGUUGGCUCCGCAUACACUUGUGGUGGCUGUGUCUGUUAGUAUCAUCAGGCUGGGCAGCGGGGAUGAAUGGUGGUGCAGGAGAGGGGUUUGUGCUGUGCUCGUGA